UAUUGAUUUUGACGAUUGGAUCUCUCUAUGAAUGGAAAAGGGGUGCUUCGGAUCGGGAGUAACCACUAGUGAAAGGGCUAAGGGGGGAAGGACAUAGGAAAGAGGGAUGCCUACAAAAAAUCAAUUGAUUCGUCAUGGUAGAGAAGAAAAACGGCGCACGGACCGUACUCGAGCUUCGGAUCAAUGUCCCCAGAAGCAAGGAGUAUGCCUGCGUGUUUCGACGAGAACACCGAAAAAACCUAAUUCAGCUCUACGUAAGAUAGCAAAAGUACGGUUGAGCAAUCGACAUGAUAUAUUUGCUCACAUUCCAGACGAAGGUCAUAAUUCGCAGGAACAUUCUAUAGUCUUAGUCAGAGGAGGUAGAGUGAAAGAUUCGCCAGGUGUGAAAUCCCAUCGUAUUCGAGGAGUCAAGGAUUUGCUGGGAAUUCCGGAUCGUAGAAAGGGAAGAUCUAAAUAUGGUGCAGAAAGACCAAAAACCUACGCGAGCAGCCAUACGCGGUUAAAAGGGAAUUGCCGGCUUCGCUCACCGGCCAGUGGCAGCGCGAAAAUGAGAAAGGUCGCCGAGAAUGCUCGAGUGGGGCGGGCGAACCGAGCCCCGGGCCGGCCGCGCUGGCGCUGGCGCUGGCGCUUCCACAUGGCACAGCUCAUCUGA